UGCAACAUGGCGGUGAAUUGAGCCAAAGUCGCGGUGCUGUGCCAUCAGAAAAUGUAUUUUUCGUAGUCGCGUAAUCACUUUUAUUAUAGUUCUCAUGUACGCGGCGGUGUGAUACGGGUUCGGGACGUGUUCGACGAUACGCUGUGCAUGUAAAUAUGCGUGUAACAAGGCACAACGUUACUCCGAAGGUGACACCCCGCAACUCGGUGCGCUGCACGAGCACGUAUGGCAGAGACUAGAAUCCGAGAUAAGGGAGCUCUGCUUCGCCUAAGUAAUACGUACCGCCGUACAAAAUUACCACCACGAAGUAGCGAUGCGGUGGUUACGUCUCCCGAACUGUGAAAACAUAUUUACAAAAUUCAAAACCAUUGUCGUUGAUCGUUGUCACUUGUGAUCGUCGUAUAUGCGUGCCAAACCGAAAUAUAUAAAAGGGCAGUGAAGAGACCCGAUGGUUUCCUGACACGAUGGAAAGUAAACUGUACGUGAAAAAUGACCUGGGACUGGACGGGCAGUCGCUGGUAAGCUCGCAAGCGAACCUACCUACCGAGGACACAGGAGGAGCCAGAACAUGCUUCGUUUGUGCCACGGUGAGCCACGGGGAACAAUAUUGGCUCCGAGUGAAACCAGGUCCGGGUAGCGCGCCGAACGAGCCUUACUUUCCGUUCCUCGAGUCCCACGAGCCACCCGCCGGUUACCGCGGCGAAGGGGCCAGAACCAGCGGAGUGGUGAAGGCGUGCAGCCUCUGCUACACCCUGUUGCUGCAACAAUGGGACACUUACGAACAGGAUGCCAGACCUCACAGUCAACGAAUAUAUUGGUUGAAGAGAUGCGACGGCCGUCCGUUCACCGGUGCCGAUAUGGCACUUCAGGGAGAGUACGCCGCUCAAGUUUUAGGCUUGACCAACGACCAAACCUCGCAGUUGAGACCGGAGAAUCGGCCGGUGGGAAUUUCCCCGCGACUGCCGCCGAAUUCGCCGUCGCCCCGGGUCGAACAAGCAAGACCGCCGUCUAAUUCCAUUGCCGAACUGCCAAGGCCGCAUUCAAACACAGCGGAAACGCACAGACACCUGGAACAAGCGAGGCUCACGAUGGAAUCGCCCCAUCAAAGACUGCAUUCGCCGCAUCAGAGGCUGCAAAGCCCUCGGCAGCCCGUGGAGGAUGGGAGAAUGUCGACGGAAGCGGCACUGGAUUUGCGACACGCUCCCAGGAGUUCGCCAGCGCCGCCGCAACCAUCUUUACCGCCGCAACCUCAGCCCAUUUAUAGCGGUGGAUCGACGUCGAGCGCCGGCACUGAUAUUUUAGAUCUUUCGAUGCCAGAUAAGAAUUCAGUCACCGAAGUCUGUUACGUGUGCGGGGAUGAAUUCAAAAGAGGGUCACUUAGUCAUAUCGCAGCGAAACCACUGCCAACUCCGCCGCAUCCUUCUGCCAGCCCUCCACCAUUCUUUCCCUCGCUGACACUACAUCCGAGACCUAGCAGAAGUCGACCGAUGGACAGCGCUGGUCGUGUUCAGGCCUGUUCGGCGUGUCAGAAUCACCUUUUGCUACAAUGGAAGGCGUACACCCGGCAAAGAGUUCCACACAACGACCGGAAUUACACGCUCCGCAAGCGACAGGCACCCGCGAUGGACACGACGACCUUCAUCUGUUAUACGUGCGCGCUCGAGUACCCAUCGUCCAGUAUCAGACUCCUUUAUUGCUGUCCGAACCCCGAGAAGGAGGCGUACUAUCCUUUCAUUUAUUCUCUGAGACCUCCGCCAGGAGCUAGUCCUAUCAGUCCUCAGGGGAUGGUGCAGGUCUGCGCCAUUUGUUACAAAGCUAUACCGCAGAAGCAGCAAGUGUUCGGUGGCGAGAAUCACGAUUCGUCGCAGUCUUCGGCACAGAACGUGGAUUUCCGGCAGCAAGGUCCUUCCCCGAGACCAGCGGUAGCCAAGUCUCCGGCCAACUCCGCUGGUAGCGAUAUACGUUUCAAACCGUACGAUUUGAACAAAUCGAGCGUCGCCACGAACAAGCAACGGAGUAGCAGCGCGACUGUAUCGAAGGGUUCGACUACCGGUCAACGAAAUUCACCGAACAACGGUCCCGCCGAGAACGGGAGCGUUUCUCUCGGCCAAAACUAUAGGUGCUAUAUUUGCGAAAGAUUGUAUCCUCGCUCUCAUAUGGAAUGGUUAUCCACCAGCCCGGAAGGGAUGAAUUCGCACGCUAUGCACUUUCCGUGUUUAAGGGGAAUAGCGCGUACCUCCGAAAAUGCCUGUAUGGAUAGUCACGGCAGAGUGUUAGCUUGUAGUCACUGCGUGAAUUACCUCGCCCAACAAUGGGAAAACAUGGAUGCGGAACGAGUUCCUUUAGAACGUCGCAGGUAUGAUAUUCCUAGUCCACAUCCAAACGGCGACGUGAACCGAUCGAUCGCCACCCCGCCGAGUUCUGGUUCAGAGCGAACGUUUGGCAGCAAUCCGGGGACGUCGAGCAGUUCCAUAUAUUGUUUCCUAUGCGGCUUGCACAGCGAUUUGACUCUAGCAAGAGUUUUGUACGGUCGUCCUCAGGGUCGCAACGCACCAUUUUUCCCAGAGUUACUGCGUCACCAGUCACCACCGAACGCAGAACAACUCAGGGAGGAUGGCUCCGCCUUAGUGUGCACGUUCUGUUAUCACUCGCUGCUGGCGCAGUGGCGUCGAUACGAAUCUCUUCCCAGUGGUCAACAAGUGAACGCUGCCGAGAGGCAAUAUAACACACACGACUAUUGGUGUUACGUUUGCGGCAUAGCCACUUAUAGGAAACGAGUGAGAGCGUUGCUCGUGAAAGACUUCCCGUUUCUGAGGUAUCACAAGCAACCGGAGAAGAGUCUCUUGUUGGAGAAUGGAGACUUCGCGGUGGUUUGCUUGGACUGUUACGAAACGUUGCGCACUCAAAGCCUCGAGUACGAACGAUGGGGUUUGCCCAUCGAGAAGCGAGAAUACAAUUGGAUAGUGCAACCACCACCACCGGAAGACAGCCCGGAGGCAGCCGUCGCGAGAUUGCCGUCCGGCGAAAGAUCCGAGAAGGUGGUUCCCUCGACUUUAACGGUGAAACCUGCACGGAAAAACUGUUCUCCGAAAGCACCGGAUAAAAAGCUGCCGACCAAGGUUCCGGAUAAAGAACAAGGUGUCCAACAGCCUAUUAGCAACAAAGCGCAACCCCCGGCGAUCGGCAAAUCCCACAGACCCAGUUCCGUCGUUCCACCUCAGAGUCACACCCCGGGACCCGGGCCGGGCGGACAACAGAACAGCAGGAGUUUCGCUGCCGCUCUGAGAAAUCUGGCGAAACAGGCAGGACCGGCGCCUCAGGAAGAAGAACCACGCGCGAGCCCCAAGAACCGAGCGCCGCCACCUUUGGUCAGAGGUCCUUCCCCCGCCAAGGAACGGUCCACGCACGAGAGAAGGCCAGAAGAGAUGCCGUUGAUGUACACGCCCACAAGGACGCCGGAGACCAGCAAACACAGCGUAACUGCCGCCGCAGCGACCGAGCUGCUGGCCCGUUCAGGCUUCCAGCCGUACCGGCCCGAACACCAUCCGGCCCACGCUCCACCAGCGUUCACCCUGGAUCACACGGCCUACAACCCUUAUCACCCGGGUCUCUACCCACCGCCGCACCUCCAACACGCUUAUAGAUUAGAGGAACAGUUGUAUUUGGAACGGUGUGGAAUGCUGAGACCACCGUUAUUUCCCGGGCUGCCCUCGUACCCUUUAUACGGGUUGAGAUAUAGCCCGGACAUGCUGCCGGCCCCGUCCCUUGGACUGAUGUCUCCCGCGAUGCACGAACGACUGAAACUGGAGGAGGAACAUCGGUUGAGGCAAGCACGGGAACAAGCCGCGCUCAGGGAGGAGGAGGAGAGGAGAAGAGCAGCGCGAAACACAGCUCCUGUCGCCCCGGUACCCGCGCCUGCACCUGCAUCGGCCGAUACUGCAGCUAGGAAGCCGACCAUAGCGGCUCAGAUGCAUAUCGAGCGGGAGCGAGAACGCGAGAACAGGGAUCGUCCAAGCGGAUGCGGCAUCGGCUCGGGAAUUAGCAACAACGCCAACGCCGGGAACGGUAGCGGCUUCGCCGUGGUCGGGUCUAUCGGUAACGGUCACCAUCAAUCGAGAAAAGAGGAGCUGCCUUCCGCUCCUCCUCCUCCUUCUCCAGCUCCUGCGGCAACAGCCACGGGGCCAGCUCCGCCGUAUUCAGUGGCGCCGACGGAUCCAGCAGCGACGGCGAACAUGUACCAUUCGCGUUUGCCGGCGUUUCCGAAUCCACCGGCAUCAAUUGCACCGCCGCCGCCGCCAUCGCAACCUUCCUUGGGCUCGGCUUCUAUCUGUUCCGUGAGCUCCGCGGCGAUGCCGCCUCCCAUGGCCUCGAACCUGCCCCCUAUGGCCACCAGUCUGUCCUCUAUGGGUACCAGCCUGCCCCCUUUGAACCUUAGACCACCGCCGGCCAUAAGCUCGGCGCCUAUCGGUCCGUCGCCUAUUCCCUCUAUAACCCCUAUAUCGUCCUUAUCGUCGGCGGUGAUAGGACAGCCACCGCCGCCGCCGCCGCCGCCGCCGCAGCAGCAGCAGCAGCAGCAGCAACAGCAGCAGCAGCAACAACAACAGCAGCAGCAACAGCAACCUUCAUCCCUGAGCAUGCCUCUGGCGCCCAUCAUUUCUAUACCCUCCCUUCAUUUGCCCCCCGUAUCCUCGACUACCAUUCAUUCUAGUCAGCAUGAACUAGCUGCGAUAGCUAGCAGCCCGACAACCACGGUUACAACUUCUAUAUACCAUCAGCAACAGCAGCAGCAGCAACAACAACAACAACAACAUCAGGUGCUACAACCGCAACCAUUAGUACCACUGCCAUUGACGCUGCAGCAACGAAACAACGUCGCCGGCGGUGCGACCGGUACGACGAGUAGCAGCGCUUCGUCGAGUAGCAGCACGAUGACUACGUACGGGACGUAUACCUCAACAACGCCUAACACCGUUCAAUCGAUCGCGAACAGCGUGAAUCACGUGGCUCCGGCUCAUAAAUCGCCGCCGUUGCCUCACAGCUUUCAUUCAGCCUCGACGCGGACAAAAGACACGGUCCCGACGAUCACGAUCGCCAACGGUGGAUCGACUACCGUCACAACGACGACUGCUGCCUCGGUCAUCACACAGCAACCGGCUUUUGUCAGACCGUUCGAAGAUUCCUUUCGUCCCACGUCGAAACCAGCACAAAGACCGAUCGUGAGCAGCCAUAAUCACGUUAUAACGAGUCAACAACACUCGUAUCAAGAUUCACCGAUCAAAUUGACCGUGACGACGACGACGACGACGACGACGACAACGGCGACGGCGACGUCUCAGGCGACCGCCGAGCGUAGCCAGGUGAUCGUCGAUAACUCGAUUGCGGAUAACGCGAAGGACAACACAGCUAAUAAUCAGCCGAUUCUUCAUCCGCAGCCUCAACAUUUCCAUCAUCCGCACAUACCCGUGUCGCAUGUAGCCAGUCUGUAUAAGCCGCAGCCGUAUUUCUCUUCUUCUUCUUCUUCUUCUUCGUCUUCCCAACAGCAGCAUCAUUCUCAGCCGAAGAUCAGCGUGCCGACGUUGAGUAACAGCGGCAGCAAUAGCACGUCCGUGAUCAGCACGAAUUGUACGAAACAGAAUUCGCAUCAUACCGGCGGCGAUGCAAGUAGUCAAGCGGUGUCUGUGAUAACGAGUCAACGGAGCGAGAAUUCGUUGAUGUCGCCGCCAAACGCCGUAAAUUGUAUAGUUCCCAACGAGAAAACGACGGGGAGCUCGAAUCACAACGGUGGUGGCAACAACGGUCAGGCGUUGAUCAACGGGAAUAAAAUCGUGAAUCACGCGAAUUCGCAUUACAAGAACAGCGCGGACGCGUCGCCGAUAAAGGAGAUGAAAGUUAAUUCGUGCGUCGUGAGCGAGAAGAUCGAGGCACGCCAGAGUCAGCCGAGUCAGCUGGAGCAGAAUCACGUAGGCAAGAAUUCGGUUCAAGACGUCGUCGGUAAGGGUGCUCCGACUCCUCCCCCUUCGGUUUACGAGGAACAAGAAAACGGUUCGCUCGAAUCUGAACCGGACGAAGAGAUAAUCAUACCCGAGAAGGAGGCAAUCAUACCUGAGUCUGAGACCGAGAUAUCCGAGUCGGAGAUCAACAAGAUACAGCAGAGCGAUCAGAACUUUUUGUCCACAUUAUCGUUUCGACCGAGUUUUAAGUUUAAUAUAAACGAUAUCGCGCCGAAGCCUAUCGACACCGAUCAGCUGAUGCAGAGCAUCCAGUCCGAGGAGGUUUUGCGUACCUGUCAGAACGUUUCGAACGUUCUGUUGCAGAUACCAAAAUACCAAGAGAAACUGUUGAAUUUCUCGAACGAGCUGAAAACCGCAUUUUGUUUCACCGACAAGUGCAAUAAUUUGACUGAGAUUUCCGUGAGGUGCGAGCCAGCGGUGUUAAACGUGCCUGACCUGAGCAAGGCUCUAGUCAAAGAACAGGACGCGGCCAGCGAUAAGAUUUUCCUUGUACCUGAGAACCCGAAAGCGUUGACGUCCUCGUUGGAUCUGGCAGAGAAACGAAGAAAGCGGAAACGGGCCAAGAACGCGGGGGGUCUCGUGUGCAGUUCCGAAUCGGAGGGCGAGGAGGAGAUCAAGGACGCGGAUCUGUGGAUCACCAAAGGUCCGCCGGCCAGGCCGCGGUAUUCGGAGAAGAAGCUUGCUUUCCUCGCCAUGUUCGGUCUGACCACGUUGAGCAUGAAAAACGAAAUAGAGCUUUUUAAAGUGGAGAGGAGGUACAAGUUGAAUCCGGAUCCACCGGAAGUACCUUUGGACAUGGACCAGUCGGUCGAAUCCGUGUUACCUAUACCGCAAGAACAUCCAGACGUGUUGCGUUACACCCCUGAUUUCCAGCCGAAAGUUGGAUUUCUCAAGUCCAUAGGCCUCGACUUGAUGCCUCAGAAGAAAAGAGACGAAGCGGAAGCAACGUGGCAGUACGUACUGCAGGAUCGUAAGAAACGGAAAAGUAGGAACACGGUGACCGCGUACUGUGACAGAAUCGCUAAGGUUUAUUCGGAAAACCCGCCGAAGGUACCGAAACCGCCUAAGAUGAGGCUUUUAAGCAAAUUGAAAGUGAAGCAGCUUCCGGAACGGCCGCCGCCUAUGCCACCUCUCGUUCAGAACAUCGUCUCGAUGGACUACUCCUCUUUGUCGCCUAUGCCUGGUGAGAACGGCGUGAAACAACAGCAGCGUUGCAAACUUGUCGACAUCAAGAUCGUGGACGAAGAUGUGGCGCUGACAGUCACCGAUGGCAGCAGGAAAGAGACGACAUCCAAAUGGACCAGCAUCGAGGAUAUCAUGCUGGCUUACAGAGAAUAUUCCAAAGAAAAAGCGUUGGAGAAGAAAAUUUUAAUGUGCGAGACAUCGAAGCUGGUGGCACGGUCGAACAACUUGCGGACCGAAACGCUUCAGCUGGAGCGAAGAAUAUACGACCUGUUGUCCGCGAGAACGGCUCUCGAUUUGGAGAGGCGAGUGCUCAGCGAAAAGAUCGAGAGGAUCACCGCCCUUGUCAAGCACCUUAGGUAGCGACGCGUAACGCACAACACGGAAACUCAUUCAUCUGUGAUAUUAUAAAGGGAUUAAGGGUCGUUAGCGUACAGUACCAAAUAUUAAAAAUCCUAACGAUUUUACCGUUUGAAGCAGCGCAACAAGAGAGAGUUUCGCGGGAAACCGACCAAGUGGUGUACACAAUUAUUUUGCAUCGUUUCGUAUAUCGUGCGGAAGAGAUACGAGAAUCUUACAAUAGCAGCAGAAGCAGCCGGAGCUAGACACGUAUCUUUCGUAUUUCGUAAACGAAGUCGCGGGCACGCGGAUAAUCAUAUCAGCGCAGAGUUACAAGGGGGACAUGUGAGAAAUUGAUAACGAGCUAACGUGAAGCGUGCGCUUCUUGACGGAUAGCCGAGGAGGGUAGCUGCGCGCGCGAUUCAACGACCUUCUACGAUAAUCGGAACUAACGGCUCUUAAACCCUAAGCUAUAAAUAAUUGUAAUUUGUAUCAUAAUAUUUUAACGAGGAAUAGACAAAUCGUGUAACUUAUUUUAUUCUGCGUAAUGUGGACUCUAUGUCAGAUAAUAACUCGAAACUGUACGAUACGUCACGAUUUAUAUACGAGUCGGUCGUCGAAUAGUAUACCUGAGUGUAAAAGAAGAGGGGAACAGCUAAUCGGUUCACCGAAAAACGAUUGCUCCAACGAUUGCGGACACUUUCAUUUUCUUCUUCUUCUCGUUUGUUAACUACCCUUAUAAAAUGAAAAUAGUCGGAAAAAUUACGAGACACGAACCACAGACUGCGAUUGCGAUAAAUUCGUGUUCGAGAAGAAAGCGGGAGGGGAAACCCGCGUAGGAACGUAACGAUUAUUUUUAACUUAAAAGAUCUUUCGAGAUGGAAGUAACGACUCUAGUCUACGGACAUUCGUAGAAUACAGGAAAAUCGCACCGUCUGAUUGUACGUAAUGAUCAGAGUAGUGAACGAUCCUUCCUUUUCGAUGUCCACUGUUCACAGUAAAUGAACGUGCGAAGGCCAGUGAAUAACGAGAGAAAAAUUAACCGUAACAGCAGUGAGGUACUUACGUAGGUAAAGUGACUUAAUUUAAACGAAAACGUGAGACAUCGCGCGAGCACAUUCCACGAAUUUAAAAAACGAGAACACAUGCUUGUUACCCGACCUCUAACAUUCCACGUUUCGAACAGUAAUCGGAUCAUACAAAAGCAAAAGUGAGAAACGAACAGAACUCGUUUCACAUCGGAAAAAUGUCAUUGCCGUUUUUCUUUUUUUCUACGUUCAACUAAAUCGGCGCUACGCCACAUUAAUUUAGUAUCCUUAUACUUGUAUCUCACUCGGCUCUCUGAGCGUACUGUUCAACAACUACGCGUCGUAACACCUCCAGUAUGUACGAUAAUAAUACGAAAUCCAUUUAUAAUUUUCAUCAUUUUGUUCAUUGAGUGCCUAACGUUAUCCUACAUUUGUAAAUAUCAUUAUUUUUAUGUAUUGUAUAACGAACCAAGACCAAGACGAAACAUUUUUUGGUCUCAAUUUGGCCAAAACAAGAGCCUAGGAGUAAAUUGUUGAAAAUAUGAA